AUGACUUUGAAGCAUCCACAGGUGCGGCACUCCUGGCCCGAUCCCUGCGCCUGUGCUCGCCACUCCCUAUUGGUGCUCAGUGUGCAUGGGCAGCACAGCCACUUUCUGAUGUCAGUCUUAAAAGUGUCCAGCUGGGGAGAGAAGGGGGCGGCCACGGGGGCGGCGGAGGAAGAGUCUGACGUGUCGCCGCUGGUCCACCUCUUCCUGUCGGUGUCAGCGGAGAAACUUCACCCUCUUUAG